AGUCUCACCAUGGCCUUCUGGACACAGCUGAUGUUGCUGCUUUGGAAGAAUUUCACAUAUCGCCGGAGACAGCCUAUCCAGCUUUUGGUCGAACUGUUAUGGCCACUCUUUCUCUUCUUCAUCCUGGUGAUUGUGCGCCACUUCCAUCCUCCACCGGAGCACCAUGAAUGCCACUUCCCCAACAAGCCUCUGCCAUCUGCGGGCAUCGUGCCCUGGCUUCAGGGCCUCAUCUGCAAUGUGAAUAACACCUGCUUCCCACAUCCAACGCUUGGAGAGGAACCCCAGCUCCUAAACAACUUCAACCACUCUCUGGUCUCCCGACUCCUAGCUGAUGCCCAUGCUGUGCUAGGGGGCCCCAGUGUCCACAGAACACUGGCUGACCUGAGGAAACUGAUGCCCACAUUGAGGGCUACACACAGCACAGCCUGGCCUCAACAGAGCGACCAGGCACAGGAGCAACCUUCACUACCCAUGGAGUUGCUGGUGUCACUGUUGCAAGAGGUAAGGUGGGGCAAGAGGAUUGCUUAAGCCCAAGAAUCGUUGGGCAGGUUUGUGGAGGCAGCUGGGGACCUGGCCCAGGAGCUCCUGACGUUGCCCAGCCUGGCGGAGCUUUGGGCACUACUGCGGAGACACCAAGGGACAGAUCGCCCCCUGGAGUUAGUGUCAGAAGCCCUUUGCAGUACCAAGGGGCCGAGAAGCUCAGGGGGCCCCUCCCUCAACUUGUAUGAAGCUAGUGACCUGUGGGAGUUGGUGGGGCAGGAGCCGGCGUCAGUCCUGGCUGACAACAACUUGAGCCCCGCCUGCUCUGGGCUGAUUGGAACCCUGGGCGACCACCCGCUGUCCCGAUUGCUCUGGAAACUCGUGAAGCCAAUGCUUCUGGGGAAACUGCUGUUCACACCUGACACACCCUUCACCAGGCAGCUCAUGGCCGAGGUGAACCGGACCUUUGAGAAGAUGGCUGUGAUAAAGGACAUCCAGGAGGUGUGGGGGGUGCUUGGACCCCAGAUCUUCACCUUUAUGAACAACAGUGCAAAUGUCGCCACGCUGCAGAUGCUCCUGCAAAUGUGGGACAAAGGGAGGGGGCGACCAGGACCUGGAGACCAGGACCGCAUGGAGGCCCUUCGAUCCUUUCUGGACUCUGGCGGCGAUGGCUACAGCUGGAGGGAUGCCUAUGACAACCUGGGGCGCCUGGUGGGCACGCUGGGCCGUGUGAUGGAGUGUAUAACCCUGGACAAAGUGGAGGCAGUGCCCUCGGAGGCGGCUCUGGUGUCCCGGGCCCUGCAACUGCUUGAGGAGCGCCGCUUCUGGGCUGGCGUCGUCUUCUUGGGGCCUGAAGACUCCCCGGACACCAUGAAGAGCCCAACCCCAGGCCUGGGCCCCGGCCAUCUGCGCAUCAAGAUCCGCAUGGACAUAGACGUUGUCACCAGGACUAAUAAGAUCAGGGACAGGUUUUGGGACCUGAGACCGGCCGCGGACUCCCUGACCUACCAGCACUAUGUGUGGAGCGGCUUCGUGUACCUGCAAGACCUGCUGGAGCAAGCAGCUGUCCGCGUGCUCAGCGGCGCCGCCCCCAGCGCUGGCCUUUAUCUGCAGCAGAUGCCCUACCCAUGCUACGUGGACGACUCGUUCUUGCGCCUGCUGAGCCAGUGGCUGCCACUCUUCCUGACGCUCGCCUGGACCUACUCGGUGGCGCUGACGGUGAAGGCUGUGGUGCGCGAAAAGGAGACGCGGCUGCGCGACACGAUGCGCUCCAUGGGGCUGAGCCGUGCUGUGCUCUGGCUCAGCUGGUUCCUCAGCUGCCUCUGGCCCUUUCUUGUCAGCGCAGCUCUCCUGGUGCUGGUGGUCAAGCUGGGAGACAUCCUCCCCUACAGCCACCCGUUGGUGAUCUUCCUGUUAUUGGCGGACUAUGCAGUGGUCACAGUGAUCCAGAGCUUCUUGCUGAGCACCUUAUUUUCCUAUGCCAACCCAGCAGCAGCCUGCAGUGGCCUAGCCUACUUUAUGCUCUACCUGCCCUAUGUCCUGUGCGUGGCCUGGCGGGACGAACUUCCUACAGGGGGCCGCGUGGCUGUGAGCCUGCUGUCACCUGCAGCCUUCGGCUUUGGUUGUGAGAGCCUGGCGAUGCUGGAGCUACAAGGUCAGGGUGUCCAGUGGCACAACCUGGGCACUGAGCCCAUAGCAGAUGUCUUCAGCCUGGCCCAGGUCUCGGGCCUGCUGCUGCUGGAUGCUGUGCUCUAUGCCCUUGCCACCUGGUACCUGGAGGCUGUGUGCCCAGGCCAGUACGGGAUCCCCGAACCCUGGAAUUUUCUCUUUCGGAGGAGCUAUUGGUGUGGUCCUCAGGCCUCCAAGGGUCCUGCCCCUUCCCCUGUCCUGCAAGACCCAAAGGUGCUGGUGGAAGAGGCACCGCCUGGCCUGAAUCCUGGAGUCUCCAUUCGUGGCCUGGAGAAGCACUUUCCUGGCAGCCCACAGCCAGCCCUGCGUGGGCUCAGUCUGGACUUCUACCAGGGACACAUCACUGCCUUUCUGGGUCACAAUGGGGCUGGCAAGACAACCACACUGUCCAUCCUGAGCGGUCUCUUCCCACCCAGUGGUGGCUCUGCCUUCAUCCUGGGCUAUGACAUCAGGUCCAGCAUGGCAGCAAUCCGGCCCCACCUGGGCGUCUGCCCCCAGUACAAUGUGCUGUUUGACAUGCUGACUGUGAGUGAACACAUCUGGUUCUACGGACGGUUGAAGGGUCUGAGUGUAGCUGCUGUGGGCCCUGAGCAGGACCGUAUGCUGGAGGACAUGGGGUUGGUCCCUAAACAGUGUGUGCAGACUCGCCAUCUCUCUGGUGGGAUGCAGCGGAAGCUGUCAGUGGCUAUUGCCUUUGUGGGGGGCUCCGAAGUUGUUAUCCUGGAUGAGCCCACAGCUGGUGUAGACCCCACGUCCCGCCGCAGCAUUUGGGAUCUACUGCUCAAAUACCGCCAAGGUCGUACACUGAUCCUUUCCACCCACCACCUGGAUGAGGCUGAGCUCCUGGGAGAUCGUGUGGUAGUGGUAGCAGGUGGCCGCUUGUGCUGCUGUGGCUCACCACUCUUCCUGCGUCGUCACUUGGGCUCUGGCUACUACUUGACACUGGUGAAGGAUUCCCCACCCCUGAUCACCAGUGAGAAGGGUGACACUGACUUGGGGGACAGCAUGCAUGCCAGGCAGGAAGGAGAGAUGGGCAGCUCAGCUGUUGAGGGCAAAGAUACAUCCCAGGUUCUGGCCCUGGUGCAGCAGUGGGUGCCUGGGGCGCGGCUAGUUGAGGAGCUGCCCCAUGAGCUGGUGCUGGUGCUGCCCUAUGUGAGCGCCCUUGAUGGAAGCUUUACCAAGCUCUUCCAGGAGCUGGACAGGAGGCUGGGGGAACUGAGGCUCACUGGCUAUGGGAUCUCGGACACCAGCCUCGAGGAGAUCUUCCUGAAGGUGGUAGAGGACUGUGAUCUGGAUGCAAACCCAGAGGAAAGCAGCUAUGGGCAGUACCCAGGGAUGGGCAUUGCUGGCUCAGACUUGACUGUGCAGCUAAAGAUGCUGCUAGGGGAUUCAGCCCUGGGGAAUGGGGAGCCGGCUGGGUCAGUGUCCAAGACCCAGGUCCUACAAAGCUCUGAGCCAGAUGCUGUAGUUCGGGUGCAGGGCUGGGCACUGACCCUCUACCAACUCCGAGCUCUGCUUCUCAAGCGCUUUCUGCUUGCUCGCCGCAGCCGCCGUGGCCUGUUUGCUCAGAUCCUGAUGCCCGCCCUCUUUGUGGGCCUGGCUUUGACAUUCAGCUUCAUCGUGUCUCAUUUUGGACAUUAUCCAGCUCUGAAGCUUAAUCCUGCCAUGUAUGGUGCCCAGGUGUCCUUCUUUAGUGAGGACGCCCCAAGGGACUCUGCACGUAACCACCUGCUCAUAGCACUGCUGAGGGAGGCAGGACUGGAGGAGUCCUCCAUGCAGAAUAGCUCCCACUGGGCCCCCGCAUGUGCAGAGCCCAUCUCCUGCCAGUUGGUGGUGCCUAAUGUUUCUGGCAGUGGAAACUGGACACCAGAGUCUCCAUCCUCAGCUUGCCAGUACAUCCAGCCUGACUGUCCAGCUGCUGCCAGGGGCUCCCCUCCACCACAGGCGCUGACCAGCUCAGGGGAAGUGAUACAGAACCUCACAGGCUGGAACCUGUCUGACUUCCUGGUCAAGACCUACUCAAGUCUGGUGCACCAUAGCCUGAAGACUAAGAAGUGGGUGAAUGAGGUCAGAUAUGGAGGCUUCUCACUGGGUGGCUGGGAUCCAGGCCUACCCUCAGGACACAAAGUGGGCCACUCUGUGGAGGAGCUGAGGGUACUGCUGAGGCCCCAACCUGGUGGAGCCCUUGAUCAUGUCCUGAAUAACCUCACAGCAUGGGCUUAUAGCCUGGAUGCUCAGAACAGCCUCAAGGUGUGGUUCAACAAAAAAGGCUGGCAUGCCAUGGUGGCCUUUGUUAACCGAGCCAACAAUGCACUCCUACGUGCUCACCUGCCUCCAGGCCCCACCAGCCAUACAUACAGCAUCACCACGUUCAACCACCCUUUGAACAAUACCAAGGAGCAGCUUUCUGAGGCCACAAAGAUGGCCUCCACCAUGGAUGUCCUCGUCUCCAUCUGUGUGGUCUUUGCUAUGUCUUUCAUCCCAGCAAGCUUCACCCUUGUCCUCAUCGAGGAGCGUGUCACCCAAGCCAAACACUUGCAAUUCAUGGGGGGUCUACCCCCCACCCUAUACUGGCUUGGCAACUUUCUCUGGGACAUGUGUAACUACUUGGUGCCAGCAUGCAUCGUGGUGCUCAUCUUUCUGCCCUUCCAGCAGAAGGCAUAUGUGGCCCCUGGCAACCUGCCUGCUCUCCUGUUAUUGCUACUAUUGUAUGGCUGGUCCGUCACACCACUCAUGUACCCAGCCUCCUUCUUCUUCUCUGUGCCGAGCACGGGCUAUGUGGUGCUCAUCUGCAUCAACCUCUUCAUUGGCUUCAAUGGCAGCAUGGCCACCUUUGUGCUUGAACUGUUUUCUGAUCAGAGUCUGCAGGACAUGAACCGGAUCCUCAAACGAGUCUUACUAAUUUUCCCCCACUUCUGCCUGGGCCGAGGGCUCAUUGACAUGGUGCAGAACCAGGCCAUGGCUGAUGUCCUUGAACACUUGGGAGACAGGCAAUUCCAGUCACCCCUACGCUGGGAGGUUGUCGGCAAGAACCUCUUGGCCAUGGCGGUACAGGGGCCCCUCUUCUUCUUCUUCACACUUCUGCUGCAGUACCGCAACCAUCUCAGGCCACAACCCAAGCUAAGGUCACUCCCACCCCUGGGAGAGGAAGAUGAGGAUGUGGCCCAUGAGCGAGAGCGGGUGGUCCAAGGGGCCACACAGGGGGACUUGUUGGUGCUGAGGGACUUGACCAAGGUAUACCGUGGGCAGAAGAUGCCUGCUGUUGACCGCCUAUGCCUGGGGAUCCCCUCUGGUGAGUGUUUCGGGUUGCUGGGCGUGAAUGGAGCAGGGAAAACAUCCACGUUUCGCAUGGUGACUGGGAACACACUGCCCAGUGGGGGUGAGGUUGUGCUGACAGGUCAAAGUGUGGCCCAUGAGCCAGCAGCAGCAUACCGUAGCAUGGGCUAUUGCCCUCAGUCAGAUGCCAUCUUUGAGCUGCUGACUGGCCGUGAGCACCUGGAGCUGUUCGCACGCCUGCGUGGUGUCCCUGAGGCGCUGGUGGCCCAGACAGUGCACUUGGGCCUGGAGCGCCUGGGUCUCCCACGGUAUGCAGACCAGCCUGCAGGCACCUACAGUGGAGGCAACAAACGGAAGCUGGUGACUGCCGUGGCCCUGGUUGGGGACCCACCUGUGGUCUUUCUGGACGAGCCUACCACAGGCAUGGACCCCAGUGCACGGCGCUUCCUCUGGAAUAGCCUUCUGGCCGUGGUGCGCGAGGGCCGCUCAGUGAUGCUCACCUCACAUAGCAUGGAGGAAUGUGAAGCGUUGUGCACGCGCCUGGCUAUCAUGGUAAAUGGGCGAUUUCGCUGCUUGGGCAGUGUGCAGCACCUCAAGAGCAGAUUCGGAGCCGGCUACACACUGACCCUACGGGUUCCGUCGGAGCGGUCCCAACCAGCCAUGGACUUCGUGGCGGCAGCAUUUCAAGGGUCUGAGCUGCGCGAGGCGCACGGUGGCCACCUGCGUUUCCAGUUGCCACUGGGAGGGCGCUGUUCCUUGGCACACGUCUUUGGAGAGCUAGCAAGGAAUGGCGCGGAGCACGGCGUGGAGGACUUCUCCGUGAGCCAGACCACGCUGGAGGAGGUAUUCCUGUACUUCUCCAAGGACCAAGGGAUGGAUGAGGACUAUAAGAACAACCAGAAGGAGGCAGGAAUGGGAACAGACCCUGUACCAGGCCCACAGUGCCCCAACCGGUUCCUGGAUGACCCUAGCAUGGACGAGACCAUGCUCUGA